UCAAUUUGCAUUUUAGUGAUAAGAGUAAUGUAUCAAAAGUGUUAGCCUUAAGUUAUGACAAUUUACCAUUGCAUCUAAGGCCAUGCUUCCUCUAUUUGGGUAGUUUUCCUGAGGAUGCAGAAAUCUCUGCAGAGGAAGUUCUUUACAUGUGGAUUGCUGAAGGUUUUGUGUCGCUGAAUGCAAACAACAGAGCGAGAGGAAUUUCAGUGGAAGAUGUAGCAAAGCAAUAUGUAAUGGAGUUGGUUAACAGAGGAAUGGUUCAAGUACGAUUCAAUUUAAGUGGAAAGAUCAAAAGCUUCCACCUCCACGACCUGAUGCGAGACUUAUGCAUCUCCAAGGCUCUAGAAGAGAGUUUUCUAAGCAUUCUUAACAUUCAACAGGACAAUGAGACGGAGAAUUGUUCUGCUUCAAUGGCAAUAAAAGUCGAGUCAAGUUGCAAAAUACGAAGGCUUUCUCUUACUAGAAAUGUGAUUCCGAGCUUAAAAGCAUCAAGAAGAACUCUGGUCCACCUUCGAACUCUCAUGUCCUUCGAAGGUGACAAAUGGGAGUUGAAGCAAUUUCAAUCUAUUUUCAAAGACUAUAAGUUUCUCAGAAUUCUGAAACUAGAGAACCUUAAUGCGACGGGAAGCUUACCUAGAUCAGUAGGAGACCUAGUUCAUUUAAGAUUCUUAAGUUUAGCAGGUAGUAGGUUUAAUGGCUUGCCACAAUCUAUGGGGAACCUUGUAAGUAUGGAAUUCUUGGACUUGGGAGUAGAUACCUUAGUUUCCAUGCCAAAUGUGUUGUGGAAGAUGAGAAGGUUGAGGUAUCUCCGUCUUCCUUACUACUUUGAUGUCAAGGAGAAAUUCCAUGGGGCCCGGAAGAAGUUGCGGUUGGGCACUUUAAAGAAUCUAUGGACAUUGAGAAACUUCAGUUCGAAGAAAUGUGAUGUGAACGAUGUAGGCAAGCUUACCAAUGUGCAAAAAUUGAAUGUCUUUGUUUGGAAUGAUCCUAUCGAGCUAGAGAUAUUUCCGCAACUUGCUAAAUUCAAUUUGAAAUAUCUUCGAUCCUCAUCUUUUUAUUUCAGAAGCUAUCCUUAUUUAUGGACUGAAGGUGAAUUGAAUAAAAUGUCAAACUAUCCCUAUUCUUGUAAGCUAUCCAUUUUUGGAAAUAUACAGAAGUUACUAGAACAUAAAAGUCUACCUGAGCAAUUGAGGAAGCUGGUCUUAAUAAAUUCUAAACUCGAAGAAGAUCCGAUGCCAAUAUUGGAGAAAUUGCCUCACUUGGUUUUUCUCAUGCUGGGAGUUGGGGCUUACAUGGGAAAGGAAAUGGUUUGCUCUGCAGGAGGCUUUCCUCAACUCAAGCAUUUAUUUUUUGGUGAAUUACGAAAUCUGGAGGAGUGGAGGGCCGCUGAAGGAGCCGUGCCUCAUCUUUCUCGAUUAGGGAUCUUCGAUUGUCCCAAAUUGAAGGUGGUAUCUUCACAUGUCUCUACAUAUAACGGUUCGGACGAAAUACUCAAGGAGCACGAUAAGAGCAUAAUGAGAGAGAUGUUGAUGUUGCUGGCCAAGGGUGGCCCCCAGCUGUCCUACGCGAGAGAGAAAAUAUUCGAGGGAAAAUAUUAGGUGCGCCGGGCGCUCCACGUCACCGUGCGCCCGCCCAAUAAGAAUGAGACACGUGUCGCCACUGGAGCCGGGUCCCGCUUUUAUUUUUAGCCAAAUUUUUGCCGAUUCCUUCUCUCUCUUCAUUAAUGGCCGCGUCCUUCUCCUGCCCUUCGCAUUUGAAGCUUCUCCUGCACGAAGUCUCUCUCUCACAAAAAUCUUUCUUUUCUGUCUUCUCCCACACAAAGUCACAAAUCCUCCACGGCCUCCGGCACGACGCCUCCGCUGUCCUCGAGACACUCCUCUGCACAAAGAGGCGCCAUUUUGAAAAAAUUUCAGUCGGAGCCGAGGAGCUACCGGUGGAAGUGGGAGGUGAGCGGCUUCGAGCCGCGGAAGUAGUCGGACCUCCGCCUCCUUCGACACCGACGACCAGCACCGGCCGAGCGCCCCCUUCGUCCGGCGGUACUCGAUCUCCGCCGCCGCCACCGCCUCCUCGCCGCCCUCGCAGCUCCCGCUGGCCUCCAAGGUCCAGCGGCUCGCGGACAAUGUCCAGCUUGCGAGGCAGGAUUACUUGGAGCUGAGACAAGAGGCGAGCGAACUACAGGAGUAUUCCAACGCAAAGCUCGAUCGAGUCACGCGCUACCUCGGCGUUCUCGCCGACAAGACGCGGAAACUAGAUCAAGUCGCCCUUGAAGGUGAGGCUAGGUUAGCACCGCUCGUCAGUGAGAAAAGGAAGUUGUUCAAUGAGUUGUUGACAUCCAAAGUUGUAACCGCCACCAUACAUUUGUGGGAGGCAAUGGUGAUGCCUAACACCUCAUACUUUAUGAUUCUGUGGACGAAUCAGUUGUGUGGAGGGAUUGCACUUUGUUUUGAAUAAGAAUCUUAUCUUGAUAUUGGGUGAUGAUGAUAGCACUUCCACCUCUGGAAUUGCUCCUGUGCAAAGAUGAAGAGAUGUCGAAUAGUUGAACGAUAAUUCUUCUCUUUGACUAUUCAGCAUACAACAAUAGGAGCACAUGAUUGAUGCCUGAAAGGAGUUCCAUCUUUGCUUCUCCUUCUUUGCCAUUUCUUCAUGGUUCCAUGGAUUCUGGAUUAUAACUACAAGUAUCAAAAUUGUGGGUUAUUCUAUUGAGAACUCAUGGCUCAAUGCUCUUGCCUAUUAGUAAUUAUGAUAGAAAAGCAUCACCUUUUCUGGCGAAAGAAUUACUAAGAAUUUAUACAAAGGAGAAAAGUUGGAGGGAGCAACUCUGGAAAAAUGGCAUUGUAAAAUCAUCUCCAAUGCCACCACGGACACAUCCUGAAUGCGUGGGGACUGAGGAGGAUCCUAAGUGCAUUAUAUGUCGGCAAUAUCUUUAUCUUUCUGCAGUUGUAUGUGAUUGUAGGCCAUCUGCUUUUGUUUGUCUUGAGCACUGGCAACACAUCUGUGAAUGCAAACCCAGCAAACAUUGCCUCCUUUACCGUCAUACAUAAGCAGAGUUAAGUGACUUGCUGCUCACUGUCGAUAAAUACAAUGGUGAGGUGACUCAAAGGAGCAAGGUGCUCCAGCAAAGAUCUUUCUCCAGUGAAACAAGUUCUUCAGCAAAAAAGGUGUCUUGUCGCAGGAACAUAUACAUAAAGAAGCUAAGGUCACCUGCUGGAGUUGAAUUUUCAUUGAUUUCCCUACGAGUGGCAUAUUGGUUCAAAACCACUUCAAUUAUUUUUUCUACAACUGAUCUGAACCGUUUGCAAGAUGACGGUUGGUAAUUAGGCAAUCUGAAGUUUGCCAAUUGAACUCCGGAUUGAUGGCUGCUUGGAAAUGGUGCAGGAAUCUCUUCAACAUAGGUGUAUAUCUGUAGACUAGAUCCUCAUAGUGUGUACAUGAAUGUAGCUUUAGAGAUUGUUAAAUGGUUGCGUGCUCAAAUUUAAUGGGCACGAAUUUGAUGUUAGAUGGUUGCCUGCUCACUAUUAUCUUGCCGUACAUAGACACGAGGUCAUUAUGAGUUAUGAAUGUGACCAAUGAUGUUGCACUGUCCACUAAGUUCUCUUUCCCCUCCAUGUUCAAAGGCUAGAGAGUUUUGUAAAAUCAUUAGCCAGCCAUUUUCUUUAUCUAUGUGGUGCUUUAAAACAA